AUGGCGUCAGUCAUACCAAUGAAGGACAAGACACUUCUAGAGGUCAAACUGGGGGAGUUGCCAAGCUGGAUCUUGAUGCGGGACUUCAGCCCUAGUGGCAUUCUCAGAGCAUUUCAAAGAGGUUAUUACUGGUACUACAACAAGUACAUUAACGUGAGGAAGGGGAGCAUCUCGGGGAUUACCAUGGUGCUGGCAUGCUACGUGCUCUUCAACUACUGCUUUUCCUACAAGCAUCUCAAGCAUGAGCAGCUCCGCAAAUACUACUGA